AUGGCCAUCGUCAACGCCUUCCCACUAACCCUUUCCCAGCUCCAACACUCGUUGCGCAACGCGACUCUCGAACUCAAUCUCGAGCGCAGCAAACACUCGGUAGAGGUUGUUGCCAAGGACGAAGAGAUACGGAAGUUACGAGUUGCACAGUGUCUCUUACAGGACGAUAACAGCGACCUCCACGAACAACUCGAAGAGGAGCAGGCGCGAUCCGACGAGUUGGAAAGCGCACUCGACGAGGCGCUUACACAGCUGGACGAGCGACACGCAGAGGGCGAGACGGCGCAAAACACGAUCCGCACUCAAGCGCGGGAAAUCGCGAACCUCCGGGCCGAGCUCAAGGCUAUGGAGAACGUCACGUCCGACUCCAACAAGAUUCUCUCUGACAAACUCGCUCUAUCACGUGAAAUCUCAUCAUUACGGCCCGAGGUCGAACACUUGCGCGCCCAGGUUGAAGCCAACACUGGACUGCUCACUGAGAAGCUAGCACUACAACGCCAACUGGCAACAUUGCAGGUCGAGCUCGAGAACGAAAAGCGUACCGCCGCACGUACACUAGCGAAGCAAGGGAAGAAGAUGGAGCAGGAUGAGGAACUCCGCAACGAGCUGGAUGAAGUACGCAAGCAGCUCGCCACAGAAAAGAGAGACCGGAUGAAAGUUGAGGCUGGGCUCACAGAAGCAAAGCAGGGAGCGGAGAGCAUUCAGGUCGCCCUCAACUCGCGAGACCAAACCAUCGAACGUCUACAGGCAGAGGUUGAAAACGUCACCAAGAAGCAAGCAGGGAAAGCUACCAAGCGCGAAAAGGCUCACGAUGCCGCCAUCGAGGAGCUUCGCCAGGAGCUAGAGCAAGAGAAGGCCGCGCGCUUACAAGCAGAGAAGGCCAGCAGGGAUAUUAGCGCCCGUGAUGCGGAAAUUGCGCAACUCCGUCAAGAACUGGAGCAGGAGAAGCGCGAGCGCCAAAAGGUUGAAAAGACGUCCAAGAAGGGUACCCAGCAGACAGAUGACCAGGUGGAAGCUGUCAGGAAGGAAUUGGAAGAGGAGAGGCGUGAACGGAAGAAGCAGGAGAAGGAGUUCACCAAGACGCUGGCGGAACUUCAGGGACGCAACACCAUUCUCGAUGAUAAACUGAGUGCCUUCCGCGAGAAGCUGCGGACUACCAAGGAGAAACUCAAGGAGAAGGAGGCUAAGCUUGAGAGGGCGGAUAGGGCGGAGACAGCACCACCUGCUAAGAGCUCGUCGACAGCUGCAGCGAAGCCCGCUAAGAAUUCCAGGAAGCGUGUUGCUGCUACCGUGGAGCCCGAGACGAUGCUAGGAACUCCCGGAGACGGUUUCCCAGCGAAGAAGACGAAGCGUGGUACAUCUGUAUCCGCAGUUGGGGAUACAUCAACCUUCUCCUUGACCCCGUUCCUCAAUCGAACCGGCAAUGUAACAGCUGCUAGUCCAAUCGUUGAAGAAGAGGAAGAAGAGCAGGAGGAACAGGAAGCCAUCCCGGAACAAAGCACACCUACAGCCCCUCCCAAGAAAGCCUCCAAGAAGGCCGCCCAACCAAAGGUCAAAGCACUAGCUCCCGCGGCAUCUAGCAAGGCCAACGCAAAGCCACGCAAGAAGAAGGCCGCUCCUGCGCUAGAUAUGGUCACUGAGGAGGUAUCCGAGGUUUCUCACAACACAUCCAAGGAAGACUCUGAAAACGCGCCCGUCUCGGUUCCGCUCAAGGACAACGACGGUCCAUCCAAGAAGUCCAGCAAUGGUGCGCCCAAAGUCAAGCCUCGCAAAUCUCUCAUGUCGUUUGCCACCUUCGUCGAGGAACCUGCUGUAGAGAAGAAAAAGAAGCGCAAAUUGGGUGCUAGUGCUGGUAAGACACUCUUCGAUGCGGAGGACGCCGAAGAUAUUCCAUCUCUGAAGCCCGUGGGCAUCAGCAAGGGACUAUUCGCAGCGAGGGCGCUUGGCAAGAGUGUGCUCGGCAAACAGGGACAGCAGCGCCCGAUAUCCGGCGGAUUCAAUAUGAUGAGUGAAGAAGCUUUUACCUUUUCGCCACUAAAGAAGGACCGGCGAGGCGCGAGUAUCCUAAAAUAA